CCGCUUCUCCCCGCUCGGCCCGGCGUCCCCCGCGACCCGGAAGUGCUCCCGCCGGCAAGAUGGCGGCUGCAGGGGUUCUGCUGCGGGAUCUGCGGCGCCUGUGUCGCGUGCUGCUGUUCCUCUCGCAGUUCUACAUCCUCUCGGGCGGCGGGUCCUUCAGUGUAGAGCCUUCGCAGCCGCUGGCUCAGUCCGACAAGGAUCCGGGCCCCACACGUACGUUCACAGUAGUGCCCAGGGCAGCAGAAAGCACCGAUAUCCCACCUUAUAUGAUGAAGUGUCCGAGCAAUGGUUUGUGUAGCAGACUUCCCGCAGACUGUAUAGAGUGCAAGACCAAUUUCUCCUGUGUCUAUGGGAAGCCUGUCACUUUUGACUGCACAGUCAAACCUUCUGUUACCUGUGUUGAUCAAGACUUCAAAUCCCGAAAGAGCUUUGUCCUCAACAUGACUUGCAGGUUCUGCUGGCAGCUUCCAGAAACCGACUACGAGUGCUCCAGCUCCACCAGCUGCAUGGCGGUGUCCUGCCCGCGGCAGCGCUACACGGCCAACUGCACCGUGCGGGACCAUGUCCACUGCCUCGGUAACCGUACUUUUCCGAAAAUGCUGUACUGCAACUGGACUGGCGGUUAUAAGUGGUCUACUGCUCUGGCUCUGAGCAUCACCCUUGGUGGGUUUGGAGCGGACCGCUUCUACCUGGGCCAGUGGCGAGAAGGCCUCGGCAAGCUCUUCAGCUUCGGGGGCCUGGGAAUAUGGACUCUGCUCGACGUCCUGCUCAUUGGAGUCGGCUACGUGGGACCAGCGGAUGGCUCUUUGUACAUUUAGCUGCAGUUGCGCGCUUCAGAGAGGAGCAGUGCUUAGAAAACGGCCUCUUCCCUGUAGGAGUCCAUGUGCCGUGAAUGGUGUAUGUGUAUGUUUUUAAUGUACAGCAUCUGUACUCUGCCUGCCUUGAUGAAGGUAAAAUAAAAAACACUGAACUAUG